UAUAUCUCUGAGAGUCGGCCGGUUUCAACCCUAAUACCAACAUUGUUUAGGUUUGGGGCCAGACAGACAUUAAUUUUAAACAAAGGACGAGACCACGCUCUUCAGGACAUUCAUCCCGGGGUCAAACAAAGCCGCCUAGCUUACCAGACAGCCGAGUGAAAGUUUCUUAACUUGUCGCGUUUCAACAUCCGUCGCGACCAGACGCGCCAUGAAUAAGCGCAACCAUAUCCGCCUGCCGCCAGAGGUGAAUCGGCUGCUCUAUGUGCGAAACCUGCCGUACAAAAUAACAUCGGAUGAAAUGUAUGAUAUUUUCGGCAAAUUCGGUGCUAUACGUCAGAUACGCGUGGGCAACACACCAGAGACGCGCGGCACAGCCUUUGUUGUGUAUGAGGACAUAUUUGAUGCGAAAAACGCCUGCGACCAUUUAUCCGGCUUCAAUGUGUGCAAUCGCUAUCUGGUGGUCCUCUAUUACCAGUCGAACAAGGCCUUCAAGCGUGUCGACAUGGACAAGAAGCAGGAGGAGCUGAACAACAUCAAGGCCAAGUACAAUUUGAAGACACCAGAGGCUCCCUAGAAGACAGACACAGGCGUGGCCCAUGGCGUCCGAAAUUGGUUCACAUUUUCCACAGUUUAGAACACUUCUUGCUUUACUCAAUGUAUACAAAAUUUUUGCUAUCUACUUGUAGAUUUGUUUGAUCACAAUUUUGUAUCAUUUUAAUCUAAUCUCAUUAUCAUCCAUCCAUCCAUCCAUCACUCCAUCUAUCAUAUGAACUGGCGGACACCUCGGAUGGUUUUUUCGACGGUGUCCUCACGGUUUGCAAUCAUUUGACGACAUUCAACCACUCUCUCAUAAAAUAACAAGCAAGUGAAAGUAAAAAAUACAAAAAAAUCGGAAAAACUUUAA